AUGAUUGUACUAUUAGUGAUAAUAUCUAAUGAGAUGUUAAAGGAGCGAGGACCCAGACGAAAGCUGGACAGAGAUUGGACACCAUUAUCUGUUAUAGAAAAGCUAGAUAACCAAAAUGACAGGGAAGGACUUUAUAGUAAAUACGUGGACAGUUUAUAUCGGGUUAUAACCAGACAAAAUUCUAUUAUUUUACCUCCUGUAGCUGCAUCUAGAAGAGUGAAGGGAAACGUCUAUGACGAAGAUAAAUUACAGGAAAAACGCUAUGUUAUGAUGGAUGCAUUCCGGGAUGAUAAAAUGUCAGGAUUUGCGAGGGACCAUUGUUAUUUACCUUCAGUCUAUAGUCAGUUUCUUAAUUGUAAAACGUGUAAAAAGUCGUACAUGAAGAUAAGUAUAUUGAGGAGUAUAAGAAACAUUCGUGAAGUUCACUUUUGUGACGUACUGGGUAAACGGUGCUGUGCAACGUGCAUUGAAUCUGAAAAAAGAGAAUUUUCAAGGAGAAUUGAAAACCGAAUGCACAGCGCAUUAACUGACUCAAAGUAA